AUGUUGCAAUAUACAAAGAGCCUUUUGGAUGUGGCGGAUAACUUGGGUAGGGCUUCUGCUGUUGCAAAAGAGAGCUUUUUGAAGAUUGAAACUUCCAAUGAUGAUGCUGGAGCUGUUUCACAACUUAAAACACUUCUUGAAGGUGUUGAAAUGACUGAAAAACAACUAAUAGAGAUAUUCAAAAAGUUUGGAGUAGAGAAGUAUGAUGCCAUGAACGAAGAAUUCGACCCAAACAGGCAUAAUGCUGUUUUCCAAGUACCAGAUGCUUCGAAGCCAGCAAAUCAUGUUGCAGUUGUUCUAAAGGCUGGAUACAUUCUCCAUGACCGAGUUAUACGGCCGGCUGAAGUUGGUGUGACAGUAGCAGCGGACAAUGUGGAUGCAGAUAAAUGAUCUGAAUGUUGAGGAAGUCUCUUUACAUUGCCCUCUCACUAUAUUCAAGAAGUGGUCGUCCGAGAAAAAGAUGGGCCCAUUGUUCCUUAUAUCGAUAAGCUUAUGUUCAGUUUGCAUUACAUAUUAGAUUGAUUUAUUAUUAUUUUGAAGGAAUUUAGUGACAAUAUAAGUCUCUUAGCUAAGAUUCACGUCCUCAAAUGUUGUGAAGAUGUAGAGUUAGAAACCUAAAAUUGUUGCCUAGUCGUACAUCCACAAGAGCGCCAUUACGGCAUUACCUCAUCCCGUCUGGAUGUGAGGGGCUUUUCUUGAUGUUGAAGAAAUAUGUGGAGCAACGUUUUUGCAAACCUGUUGCCUUUCAGUAUAAUAAACAAGUUUUUAAUAUAA